AUGCUCGGCGAAUUCUCAAUUAAUGUACGGAAAAUAACGAAGCAUUUAAAUUAUUUACAAGGUGUACAAUGUGCUAGAAAUCAGGUGUCUACUUUGCUCGCAUGCGGACUUGCGAUUACCGCAUUAUUCUACCCGGCAUUCGGUGUUCUUUUAUGGUCUAAAUCAGGCAGGCAGUCAUCAUUUUGGAAUAUUUUAGAAGAAAAUACUUUAACGAAUAGUAACGAUUUUAAAUCAUUGGAAUUUAGCUCGAUUUGGGAUCUCGAUGAUGCAUUCAAGGUUGAACUAGCGAACGUUGCACCAGUUGAUAUGAUAGUUGAGCGUAUAAUAAGCCCAUUUGAUCAAACGUACGAUGCUUUACUCGAAGAAAUUAAUGCAUUGUCAAUAUCACGAUGUAUCCGUUCCUCAGCUGAUAAGGAAUGUUUGAUUUUAUCACCAAAUUCUGAAAAAUACAAUCAAUCAUCUUACACUUUAACUCAUUUUCAAUCACAUCCUUAUGCAAUUUCAACAAUACUCUUUCAACCUUCAGAAGAUCACGAUCAGUGGUGGUCAAAUACACUCUCAUCAACAGGGGAAUGGUCAGUUGAGAAAGGCUUAAGCACGAGAAAGACCAUUUCAGUAAAGUUACGUGAUAAUUUGACUGAAAGCGAUUGGUCAUCUGUUCCUUACAUAUUCGGUAUUGCUUAUGCCUUAUUUAUUAUCUACGUGUCAAUUUCAGUAUCAAGAUUAAACCAAGUACAUUCGAGGUUCGGAUUAGCGAUAACCGGUAUCGUACAAUUAUGUGUUUCAACAAUAAUGUCCAUAUCAUUGUUAGAACUAUGUGGAUGGAGACUUAGAUUACUUCCUUGGACGGUAGUUCCUUUCGUUAUUGUCGUCGUUGGUGUAGAAAAUAUGCUUACUAUCACGAGGGCUAUUGUCUCGACUUCUAUUAGUUUACCUGUUCCAGAAAGAGUUGGUCAAGGUAUGGCGAAAGUGGGACCUGUUAUUGGUAUGACAGUACUUUCUGAUUUGACUUUACUGGGUAUUGCUGGUUACGUUAUUCCGGGAACAAUCAGAGAAUUCUGUAUUUUUGCUUCUGUUGUUAGCGUAAUAGACUAUUUCUUGCAAUCAACUUUCUUUAUUACUGUCUUAAGUGUUGAUAUUCAACGUUUAGAGCUAUCUGAUCUUAUACACCAAGGAUUGCAACCAUUACCACCAAAAGAUGGUAGCAUCGACAGUAAGAAUGCAGGUGACAACUCACAUCCACUGGUUGUUGCAACAAAGGCCGUCUGGAAAGCGCGUUCAACUCGUAACGCAAGUUUGUUAGUUCUUAUAUUGGUUAUGGGAACUCUGUAUUAUUUGACAGUACCCUCAAAGCCAUUGAUACCUUUAGAAGCGUUUAGAAAUAGGCCGACAGAACCAUCAAACGUAUCCAGUAGUUUGGAUAAUACAAUAGAAUUAUUAUGGUCUCAACUGUCGACAUCAAAUGACCCUUUAAAUUUACGUAUACAAUCACCUACGUUCGUCACAAAAUUUUAUUCACAGUAUCAGAUGAUGGAUGAUCAGAAGUAUUCAAGAUUUUCACCACGGUUUAGAGCUUUAUUUUGGAUAUUGAAGAUAGUUGUUUUGCCAAUCGGAUCUUCACUCAUUGCUUUGUAUUGCUUGUUAUUGUUCUUAUUAAAGGACAAAGAACUUCACGAACUACAACGAUCGAAGUUAGAUGCCGAACAGAGAAAGCAAGAAAUUACUCAAGAAAAGCCUAGAUUACACGUUGAAGGUUAUGCACAAGUUGUUGAUAGGAAAGCCGAUAUCGCUAUGGUGGAAACUAGUUCAAAGUUGUUAGUCUAUUUGACACUUUUGAAUGAUGUUGUAGUACACACUAACGAACAAUCUUAUUACCUCAUUUCAUCACCAAAGGAUAAAGUUACAACUGUAGCUUGCAAUGAUAACUACGUUGCUACCGGCUUUUCCAGUGGUGAGAUUAUUCUAUGGGAUCUUCAAAGUGGAUAUCCUGAAUUGAAAGAACUCAAGAGGCAGGUAGAUGUUGGUCAUAAUAAUAGUGUUAGAAGCCUUAAAUUCGUUAAAAAAAGUAAGGAUUACAAAGAAUCCGUACCUUUACGAUCACCUUAUAUGCUUUCAAAUGAAGAAACAGAAGAAGCUUUGGUUGCAGUGUUCACAAAAAAUUGGGGUUUGUAUUGGCCAACUAGUACCUUUGAAGAGUUUUCAAUGAUAGGUACAACAGAGGAUUUUGAAAAUGUUUCAGUAAUUAGUCUUGAAAAUGAUCGUAUACUAUGGAAAAGACAAAUGAAAACUUGUCAAUAUAUUAUGAGUUAUGACUGGCCUUCCCGAGUGGUUACUUUGCUGACAGUUGUUGGGGAAGAUGUCAAUUCUUAUGAUAACUUCGUUGAUAUACUCAAAUUGAAUUACCAAGGCUCCGAAAAGAACCUUGUUGUAUUUCAAACACCAGAAGGAUCUGUUAAGUUGAUGGAAUUUGGAGAGAGCACGGAAUGUGAGCAGAUAGCAGAAUUAGAAUCGCUUGAUAAACCAAUAUUGAGGACCAAAUUGAUACAAUCGGCUGAAAACGAUGAGUCCGUACAACAAUUGUUCGUUGUUAGAAAUACACAACAUAAAGUCUAUAUUGAUCUCGUUGAUAUAUAUUUCGGAGAUAGCUGUAUUGAUUGUGGUGGUACGAUGUCGACUACAACUACAAAUGUAGCAUCAACGUUGGUCCCAUCGACUGCUAACAAUGCGACACCUAUGUUAUUGAGGAAUCGUUCGAGAAAAAGUGGAAGUGGGAGUGGGAACGGAAAUAUUGAUGGAUAUCCACUCGCCAAUCAUGGGUUUUCGCGGCGGGUUAGUGCUGCUGAUAAGCGGGAUGAUCAACCUGGUAAGUCACAUUAA